CUUCCUCUCUCUGUCCACCUUCGACACAUCACCCACUAGAGUCAAACCAGCGUCUCUGCUUUUCUUUUUAUUUUUCAUUUUUAUUUUUUCAAUUUUAAUCCCCUUUUUUCUUCCUCUUUUCCCCCAAAUUCAUUUCACUAACACUCUCUUCAGUUCAUAAUCGUAAAAAAAUUUCCAGUUUCGGAUCAAUGGAUUCAAUUAGACCCUGCCCACCUCCAACAGAAAGCAAGAUUUCCAAAAAAUUCCAGAAAAUUUUUAACCUGAAAAAAUCUGCAAGAAAUCCUUCAAACCCUGGAUUUUGCUUACUCAUACCACAAGAAAAACUCAGAUGCUGUGAAUCUGAAAAUUUUGAGAAAGAUUUCAAGGAAGAAAUUGAAGAUUCUAAGAAUAGAGCCGCCAUGGAAGCUUUUGUUGCCAAGCUUUUUGCUACCGUUUCUGCAGUCAAAGCAGCUUAUGCUGAGCUCCAAAUGGCCCAGUUUCCGUAUGAUAAUGAAGCCAUACAAUCUGCAGAUCAAGCUGUUGUUGAUGAGUUAAAAACACUUUCAGAGCUUAAACACAAUUUCGUGAAGAAAAAAAUUGAUUCUUCACCACCCCAUGUGACACUCAUGCUUGCAGAAAUUCAAGAACAGCAGUCUCUUAUGAAGACAUAUGAGAUUACAAUGAAGAAAAUGCAGGUUGAAAUUGAAAACAAGGAGGCCCAAAUCUCUGUUUUCCAGCAAGAACUGCAAGCAAUCACUGAAAAAAACAAGUCAGUUGAGAAGAAGCUCAAUGCAAGUGGAUCUUUUUCGAUUCUUGACAACGUUAAGUUUUCUGACGUUAAUCCCAAAGAUUUUAUUACUGUCUUGCACUAUGCAUUGAGAUCUAUACGCAAUUUUGUGAAGUUCUUGAUUAGAGAAAUGGAGUCUGCGAAUUGGGAUAUUGAAGCAGCAGCGAAUGCAAUACAUCCUGAAGUUGCUUUCAACGAAAGGGAUCAUAAUCAUAAUGGUUUCGCCUUCGAAUCUUUUGUGUGCAAAGAAAUUUUCAGUGGAUUCAAUUAUCCAUAUUUUUCAGUAAAAAAUGAUCAGCCGUUGCUGGAAUCUGAUUAUCAAAGGAGAGUUUUCUUCUUUGAGCAGUUCAAGAAGUUGAAAUCAAUAAGUAUUUUUCAUUUCCUCAAGAACAAUCCACAUUCUCUGUUUGGGAAAUUCUUGAAUUCCAAGUACCUUCAAAUAGUACACCCAAAAAUGGAAUUCUCAAUUUCCGGGAAUUUGCACCAGAGAAAGAUGGUGAAUUCCGGCGAGUACCCGGAAACUGAAUUCUUCAAAGGAUUUGCAGAAAUGGGAAGAAGAAUUUGGCUUUUACACUGCUUGGCAUUCUCGUUUAAUCAGGAAGUGAGCAUAUAUCAGGUUAAAAAGAACUCCAGAUUUUCUGAAGUGUACAUGGAAAGUGUCACCGAUGACAUUUUCGCCGCCGGAGAUGGUGAUUUUCGGGUGGCAUUCACAGUGGUUCCGGGUUUUAAAGUCGGUCAAAUCGUGGUCCAAAGCCAGGUAUAUUUACUCCCGGCAACAAUCCCGGCUAAAGUAUAAAGUCGGUUACCACUGUCCAUAUCACGCGCUUAUCACGCUCCGGUAACGGCCCCUGACAAAGCGCAACGGUAAUGUUAGCACUGGGGAAAGUAAGUUGGUGGAGGAACAACGGUGAUGGUGGCGGAACGGUGGCGGAACAGUGGCAAUGGUUGCGGCGCGUGAAGCCUGUUCAUAACAUUGGCAGUGGGACCCAUAGGCGAAAGGAAUUGAGGCAAAAUGUGAACUGGAUUUUUGGAACUUUAAGGAAAAUUUUUAUUUUAUUAAUAGUGGGGGUCCUAUCUAAGUAUUGUUUUCCUGAGCAAAGUCCGCAAGUUGUAUGUACUUAAUGAAUAUUAUUUUAAUAUAUAAUUAGAUGUAAUUAUGUAAUUCAAUUAUUUCAUGUGAAGAUGUUUCUCUAGAAAGGGAAGAACCAUGUCUUUAUUUUAAAAAUUGGACCAUUAUUUUUGUCUAAAAUAGAGAGGGGCAUAUCUCAAGGUUUUGUA